AUUGGUCGUAGUGCUGUCUGCUCGAAGAAAAAAUGGAAACUCCAGUCAAACUGAAAAAGUCAAGAUUCACACUGGAACAAUUGCAGUGUAUGUGCGAUUUUGUGCGCAUCAACCACACACGGUUGUUUGGUCAACCAUUGUCGCCUUGUGAAAGGGUUGCCGAAACAAGAAGGAAGGCAUGGGAGGAGCUGUCAGAGCAGCUAGCUGCUCUUGGCUGUCCCGGUCGGACUGCCUCUAACCUGAGGCAGUCCUGGAGUGACCUGAAAAAAAAAGCGAAUGAUUACGCUAGACAGAGAAAUAAGACUGGAGGAGGACAGUGCAAAAUAAAGCCUAAGAUGGAGAUGGUCCUGGCAGCCAUGCGAGAUAAGGCAGUACAUGGGAUCCGUGGCAUGGAGACCGAGACUGGGGCAUCAGAGAAACCGCUAUCACAAAAUACGGCAGCCUGUGCCAUGCUAGCUGAGAUGGGGAAUCCGAUGGAGGAGGAGGUUGAGGAGGUGGUCGAGGAGGUGAAGGAGGCAUCGAGGGAAGAGGGGGGUCCAGGAGGUCAUGCAGGACGCCAAGACGUCCAGCAUAAGAGAAGGUGUUCUCUCCGGUAUGACCAACACACAGAAUACCAGGAGCGUCUGUUGGAAGUUCAGCAGGAGACGCUCAGAACGCAGCAAGCUAUGCUGCAAACAUUUAAUAACAUCCAUGAUGUUUUUAAAGAUAUAAGAAAUAGUUUGCAGCAGUUUGUUAAUGGACAUCAGUAGUGAUUCUGGACAACUAGGCCCAAAUUCAAAAAGGUGGUUUUUAAAACCAUCGGUUGAACCCAUGGAUGCAGGUUUCCUGUAUGAAUUAUGCUUAUUUGCCCUGCAUAGUAAUAAAUGUUCUAUGCUGAUGCGCACUUUUGUCACAGUGCACCAAAUUAACGACCAUGGUUAAGGACGCUAGUUUUAUUCAUGAGUCCACUGUUUGAAGAGUGGACUCAUGGAUAACCAUGGCAACUGGCGUUAAUUUGGCACACUGUGACAAUAGAGAGCCUCAACCUUGGACCCUUUUUUUUAAUAAACGUAAUUUAUACAGGAAGUCUGCAUAAACCAUAGGUUCAUCCGAUGGUUUUAAAACUUACCUUUGUGAAUUUGGGCCUUUAUCUUUGAAUCAUUUUUGUUUGUAUGUAACUACUGAUUCCAUUAACAACUACAAUAGCUUGUCUGUGUUUUGAGCCACUCUUGCUGAAUUUUACAGCACGCUUCAACUAUUUAUUGGUAUUCCACCUUUUCUUAUGCUGUUCUCUUGGCCUCCUGCUAAUAGCUCUAUACAGUAUUAUCAUAUGCAAAAUGUUAUAUUUUUAUUGGUAGAAAUCCAGACAACAACCUUUAUAACAUGGAUAUUGUUGGUCUCACAAUGUUUGUUUUUUUAUAAAAAAGCAAAUGUUUUCAUUUUAAAAUAACCUGUGCUAUGUAAUGUAUUUAUGAUUCAUCUUAUCAACUCUUAACCUAAAUACUUCAUUUUUUCAAGAAUUAAUAUAGAAUUUUUUUUUCUUAGAUGUUUUCAUCAUCUGGAGAUUUGUAGCAAAAAUUGAACUACACAAACACCUCAACGGAAGAAAUGAGUAGACUGAAAACCUAAUGAAUAUUGUUUUAGAACUUGUAGUAAAAUCACCUUGAACUUCCAAAAAUUUCCAAAACCAUACAUUUAGCAAAUAUUAUGUAAAUGAAUACAAAAAAUGACAAAGACUACAUUCUUCUGAAUUGAGGAUGUUAAACUUGAUCUUUUAUUCUCAUCUCAGUAGAUAGAAAAUAAUGUUAUUCAUUCAAUACUCUAGUAAAAUUUGAAUCAAUGCCUUGCAAUGCAACAAAAACAUUUUGGUGCUGAAAUCCUCAUGAGAAUCCCUCUCUAAGAAUAGUUCAAUGUUCACUUAUACAUUUUCAUAAUCCAAAUCUGGGUAAAAGGAUAACAUAUUGAUCUCUAAUUCUCUAUUAUUCAACUCUGAAAUAAAUUUCACUAAAGAAAUGACAAGUACAAUAAGAUUUCCUCCAAUAUUAUAACAUCAGUGAUGUGGGUUUUUUUUUCCAUUAUCUUGUUCUGGAAUGUGUGACUGCAUCAAUUUUUCAGUGUCACUCAAGACAAAAGCUCAAGUAAAUCAGAGUGAGUAAAAAUUAGCCAUCCCUUCACUCUCGGUCUUGAUAUCUGUGUUUAACAUAUAUCGUUGGAACCCAGGUGACACUUGCUAUAUUGUAAUGUUUCACAAAUUACUUCUGAUCAUGUACACCAAUGCUUUAUAUUCCAGGGUUAUGCUUAAUUGAUUCUAGAGUUGAUGCAUAAACCAAUUUUCAUGGGAUUCAUGACCACAUUCCAUGUGAUCCUUGCCUGUUGCAUCUGACUCUCACAGCAUAUAUGAAGAAUUAUAUAUUCAGAUGUCUUAUAUGUAUGCAGGUUUGGGUUUCUUUCAUAAUUUCAUAAUCAUCAACCAUUUGGAGGUAUGAUGUACUCUAUCAUUUGGAAUAUUCAAUACAUUUACAGAACCAUUCAAUAUGAUGCUCACUGUGAGAAUCUUUCACCAUGAAAGUCAGGAUCAAAAUAGACAAGUAUACAGUAUUUGCAAAAGUGCUUUCUGUAAAUAUAUACUCCAAGAAUAUUUAUGCAUCUAUGUUUGUAUACAUAUGAAUGACAAUUGUUUUCAUUGUCUCCAAAGGUGCACAUUUUGGUAAGAUUUGUUGUCAAUCAUUAGGGGCAUUGCUUGUGACUACAACCUCUCACUCUUCAUAGAUCUUAGGCACAUGUAUAUGUAUUCACAUUUACUUUUGUGAGUUUUGUCACUCAGCCAGUCCCAAACUCUACCACAUGUUAAAUCAUAAUUAGAUCAUUGUGUAUAUGGAGGUUAUACCUUAUGCUAGAAAAGACCAACAACCUAAGAGCAAAGUUGAAGUAAAGUUAGUGCCUUGAAGAUCAAUGGUUUAUGAUUCAGAAGUUUGCCAUUGCUCAUUUUCAACUGGUCAAAACAAUAUGAUUUGUAGUGAAAUUAUAUAAAUCAGAAAUAAAGUGCAAUUGUAAAUACAAUGCUUUCAAACUAGUUACAAUAUCUGUAACACCUUUCCAAUAAAUAUUUUGAAAAAUGUCAAUAGAAAAUAAAGCGAAAGCUUUCAACUUUAACAGAGCAAUGACAAUGGGGAAAAUGUGCAUGGUAAAUCCAAACCAGUUCAAGCAAAAUAAUCGUUUAUAAUAGCCUGUCUUACGGCAGCACCAGUGGGCUCAUUUCCUUCUGGCUCGUGGGGAUUGACAUCUUCAUCAACUUCCAUGUGGUAUUCUUGUUCUGGUUCUUUCAACUCCUUGCUUAUGUUGAAGAGGACACAACAAGCGAUGAUGAUGUCACUGGCCCUCUCUGGGGACAUAUUGAUGCCACCACCCAACAAGCAUCUGAAUUUAUUCUUGAGCUGCCCGUUGACUUGCUCGAUGAAAACCCGUGUCUUACAGUGUGCUCUGUGUGCAAUAAAAUAGAUUUUGGAGUAAGGUACAUGUAAAGUCAGAUUUAAAUUCAUUGUGAGGAUUUCCCCUCCUACAUAAUGUAAAAUAAAAUAUUCUCAAUAUUCUGCAUAUAGUAUUUGCAAAAUUGAAAUGAAAUGAAAGACAUGAAACUUCACUUUGAAAAAAAUUAAAGGUCAAGUCCACUUACCAAAAAGUUUAUUUGAAUAAAUAGAUAAAUUUCAAACCAGAAUAACGCUCAAAAUUUGAUCAAAAUCAUAUCUGACAUAAGAAAGUUGUGACAAUAUAAAGAUUUGCUUAUUUUCCACAUAACAGUUCUAUGCUCAACUCAGUGUUAUGCAAAUGAAAGAGUUGAUGAUGUUAUUGUCAUGCUAUUUUAUUUGUAUUUUAUUGAUUGAAUUAUGCAAUAUUUCUAUUUUUACAGAUUUUACAAUAAGAACCCUCUUGUUUGAACCACAAAAUGUUAAGACAAUGGAAUUCCCCAUGUUCAGGGAGGAAUGAAACUUUGUUUCACAUGAUAAUGAGAAAAUUAAUAUAUUUCAUAUUCAUAUAAUGAAACACACAAUAGAUGGUGAUUGGGUGAUGUCAUCAGUUCCCUUAUUUGCAUACCAACCUAGAUGAGCAUAAAACUGUUUUGUGAAAUUAAGCAAAAUUCUAAAAUGUCAUAAAUUUCUUAUUUUAGAUCUGUUUCUGAUCAAAAUUUCAGCAUUAUAAGCAUGAUUUCCAUUGUUAUAUUCAAAUCAGCUUUUGUUGGGGUGAACUUGUCCUUUAAGCUGCAAAAAUGUUGAUAUUUCAAAUUUAUUUAUUUAUUCAUUUAUUUUUGUUUUCUUUAGACCCUGUAGGGUGGUCUCUUCAGUACAUAAAAACUGCCUCUCAUUCGAGAGAACCCUGUACGCUGAAAAUUUGAUCAAUGUAGGGUGACAGGCUAUUAUAUUUCUCAUUUCAGAAAUGCUUUCAUUUGUGUAUUGAUGAUUACAGUUUGGUACUUAAAUAAUUAAUUCAUCUCUGAUUUAUAUAUUAUGCCAAAUUUUAUUUAUUAAUCUGUUGUGAUAUAAACACACUAAAGAGCUUUAUGGUGUAUAUAUGUAUAUAUGUAAAUUUCAAAAUAUUCUAUAAUGUGUUUAUCAAAAUGACACAUGGUUGCUGAGCAUUCAUUGAUAAUAUUAUAAUUGAAUAUUAUUAAAAUUUAUUAACCUGUUAUAUGCUCUUUCAGCAUUGUUAUGUGGCUCUCGAACUGGCGUCAUGAGCCAUGGCUCCAGGCGAUAUCCUGCAUCGCCUAGCAGGAUACCUUGCAGUUCGCCAUCAUCAAAUCGUUGUCCAAUGGCACUGUUCUGUUGAUUUAAAAGAAAAGGGACCUUGUCAAUAUUCAAUUACAUCUUUCAAUACACAAACAAGGGAUACGAUGACCAUUGAAAUCAACAUAUGACUUGAUUACAAAUUCAGUUGUAAAUUGUUAAUAAUGACUUCUUUGGUCUAUCACUUUUAACUGUUCUUAAUAAAUGAUAAGUUUUCUGUA